GUCAAAAACUGACGCACAGCGGCAGGCCAAACAAGUCCAUAGUUUAAUAGCCAGCACACACCGCACCACAAUAAUAAUAUAAACUGUAAAAUAUAUAAAAAAUAGUAACACUCAAGUCCAGGCCAAAACCAGAAACCCAAAUAUUACGUGACCAAGUGCAGCUAAACAAAAAAAGAAAAAAACAAAGAGGAAAAUCUAUAACUAUCGAAGAGCAAAUUGUGUGUGUGUGAAGAAAAAACAAGCCACAAAUCAGAGCGAAAAACAGGAGCAGCAGCGGUAACGGCGGCAACAUUGCAACAUUGCAACAACCACCAGCAGCAACUAGCAACGCAACAACGAAAGCCAGAUACCUUGAACUGCGGAGAUAGCCGGGGGAACAAGUUAAAUAAGCUGCCAGGCGGAUGUGGUAGGAUCGCAGGUGGGCAGGAUCUUGCGGGGGGCAAAAGGAUGCCAGCCAAAGGACGCAAUAUUGCAACAUCCGCAACUUCGGGGACACGGAAUCAAAGCUGAAGGAGCAACCGCAGCAAUACUCUCAAGGCGACGCAUGUCAAUGUCAAAGUUGAACCAGAAGUGGAGGCAGUAGAAGAGGGCCAGGAACGGACGAGGGCGGGUCAAGAGCUACGGCUAUAGCUUAUAAAGGCAAAAGCAUUUUAACUGCAGAUGACAAAGAAGGUUGUGCUACAUCUACAUAGUAAAUACAAAACAAAUCUAAGCAUAAGAAAACCCCAAAAACCACACCCAACCCCCAGAGAAACCUAGACCAAAAUAAACAGGGCAGCAGCAAACAAGUGGAGGGCAAUCCCCGGAAUUUCGAUUGCCCAGGCUUCAAGCUGGCAAACUGGGAAGGCGGACGGAUACGGAUACGGUGACCCGUUUUGCAGGCAAGAUGUCCGUGGACUUUAUACUGCCCAAUCGCAAUAAGAUCCAAACGAUUGCCUAUGCGAGUGCCAGCAAGAAGUAUGUGCCCGGUGGAUCGGGAUCCACUCUGAGCUCCGGAUCGGUAUCGGCAUCGGGUGCCGACUUGCAGAGCUGGCGACGACCCAAGCCGAGGACCUCCGGCAAGGUGAAGCUCGAUGAUAAGUCCCCGCUGACUGCCAGUUCGGUGCUAAGAAAUGCCAAUGGAAAUGGCCUGGGAACUGGCGGCAAGUCACCUCUCAAAUCGCUGGCCAAAAGGAACUCGCGUGCGAUUCUCAAGCGGGAGAUCAUCGAUCUGGACGACGAGGAUGGCGAGGAGCAGGAGGAUCAGCUCUGCGAACAUCUGGAAUGGUCCGCCGCCCAAUCUCUGGUCCAAAUGAACUCCUCCAAGCAGGAAAAGCAACGGCGAGCAGGAACUACAGGAUCCCCUGCAACUGUGGCAGCGCCAGUCUCCGCCUCAGUGUCGAUGCGCCGUCCAGUGGGCAGAGCUCCGGCGGAGGAUGGCAAGGUGAUUUUCUAUGCCCCGCCCGCCAGCGCCAGUGGAUCUCCGCGUCAGCCGGAGCCGGUGACCUUGAAGAGGGAGCGCGAGCGGGACAAGGAGCGCGAGAGGGAGAGGGACCGCGAGCGGGACCGCAUGCGGGAGCAACAAGUGGUCGCGGCGACGGCAGCGGCAUCGAUUUACCGGGGUCGCAGCGUGGAGGAAACGGAAGCGGCCCACGAUCUGCUCUCCCUGUCACAGAGUCUGCCGCCCCUGAUCCCGCCCUGCGUGGUCACCAUCAUGAAGCAGGAGCAGGAGCAACUGCGCUCCCCGGAAAUCCAGGAGAUAUCGAACAGCGCUUCCAGCCGAUCGCCCCAGUCGACCAUCCGGUUCAUUGGCAGCAGCUCCUACGACCUGAUGGGUGGCGCCUCGGAGGGGGCCAACAACUGCUCGCCCCUGACGCCGCCGAACUCGGACCACAGCUCCGACGUAGAUAUCGACAUGUCUUCCUCCUCCGAAUCAGGUCUGCAGCAGUGGGGCAAGCCCAAUCCGCAGCAGAACCAACAGCGUGCCUCGGCCCUCAAGAUGUGCCUCAACAUGCUGGACGGCAGGACCAAGGCGAGCAAGGCGGCGGCUGUGACCAAGCAGGACAGGCAGGAGCCGAUGCAGCCGCGUCCCAAGAGUGCCCAGAGCAAUGCCUCGUCAGGAGGUGGGCCGCCGUCGGAGCCGCCAGAAAAUGCGGCAGCCAGCCUGGGACACAGUUCCUCCGGCAACGGGGAGAACUACGCCAAGCGGAAGAGGGGCUGCUACAAGUGCUGCGAGUGUGGCAAACAGUAUGCCACAUCCUCGAACCUCUCGCGCCACAAGCAGACCCAUCGCUCGCUGGACUCACAGUCGGCCAAGAAGUGCAACACCUGCGGCAAGGCCUACGUUUCCAUGCCCGCCCUGGCGAUGCACUUGCUCACGCACAAGCUCUCGCACAGCUGCGACAUCUGCGGCAAGCUCUUCUCCAGACCCUGGCUGCUCCAGGGACACCUUCGGUCCCACACCGGCGAGAAGCCCUACGCCUGUGUCCAUUGCGGCAAAGCCUUUGCCGACCGCUCCAAUCUGCGGGCCCACAUGCAGACCCAUUCGGGCGACAAGAACUUCAAGUGCCAUCGCUGCAACAAGACCUUCGCCCUCAAAUCGUACCUCAACAAGCACCUGGAAUCGGCAUGCCUCCGGGAUGCCGGGGCCAUCGAUCAGGGCAAGGGUCUGGAGGAGGACGACGACGACUGCAGCAAGCAGGACGAGCUGGAGAUGGGCGACGAGCUGGAGAGCGAUGAGAACAGCCAGGACAUUGUGGUGGCCUAGGGACAAUCGACCUAGGGAACUCUCCUGCCCGCAACUAAGAUACUUUAUACCAGAACCCUAUAAGCAAUACUCGAGCACCCUUAUCAAAUUAAUACUAAAAUGAAUUAACAAAACCAAAUGAGAAUUGUAAACAAACAAAAUCUAGUCUAGAAAUCGGCUUACUAGCGGAGUAGUUCUUUAAAUGGCAGAUGAUCACGAUGAUGAUGAUGGAUCUCAACUCAAUAGAAUCUUCUUCAAGCAGUUAUAUACACACACUUAUAUCUACUCACUUAUAAUCUGAACUAUUCCAAAAUCUCUCCAAGUUGCAACUUUUACUGAACGAAGAAUUGGGAGGCGCAAGAACAAAGAAAACAAAACAAAAACAAAAGGUUUGAGAAGGAAAUGCAAAACGUAACUUAUAGUAAAAAUCUGACACAACGAAUAUUAUGGAACAUAAGUAGAAAUUCUAUAUAUACACAGAUCAAAUAAGCAUUAUAUACAGAUGGAUGGUAGGAAGACGGAAACGGUGCAAACGCAAAUUAUAUGUAUACAUAUGAACUAAAUGAUUAAUACCUAGCGAGCAGAACCAAUUUGCAUGUUUUUUGGUAAAUAUCUACUUUUAGGCAUCGUUUUAGGGCUCUAGAGUUUAUAUACACCCCCCUCUCACAAGACCCGGAUACCCAGACACACAAACCGGACACCACUCGCCAGAUAACACACUAAUCUCCAAUCACCACUAGAUGUAGUCCUUAGAGUACCGAAGGAUUCGAUCGGAGCUCAGUUCAAGUCCUAGCAAACUAAUCAAUUAGUGAACUUAUAGCACUCCCGCAACCGCAACUCCCUAUAUCUCUCUUGCUCUUAGACUCUUUUAACCGUACUCAAUGAUCAAGUUAGCAAUCGGAAAUCGGAUAUAUAUAUACAUAUAUAGGAUCAGAAUCGAACGAGACGAACCAUUUUAACCGCUGCGGCAACUUUACACUCUAACCAAGUUUAAGAUGAGAUUACUUCCAUAUUAUGCUCUAACUCGAUAAACGGAAAACUACUUCAAUUACUUAGAAAUGAUUAAAAUUAAUGAGAAAACAAUUUAGAAACAUAUCACAAGGACAAUACUUAACAUAAAUAAAUACAUUCAAAGUAUGGAAAGUAUAUAGUGGCGAAGGAAUCGCGACCCCAAUUAAGACAUUCUCAUACACAUGCAACAAAGUACUUAUACUUACGAAAUAGUUAUUUUAUUACUAGCAUUAGAGGUCCCCCCCCCCCCCCCCUCCCACCUUCCGUCAUGUACAUACAUAUAUAAGCUCCACAAGAAAUGCAAGUUUAAAAACAAUUUUUUACAAGAAACUACCCCCGUACCCGCGACCCCUCGAGCUUUGGCCCAGCCAAAGGUUUCUAAUGGACAGGAACACCUCCUCCCCAAUCGCAAAAGGAUAUACAUACAUAGGCAAAAGGAUAUAUGUACAUAUAUCCCAAUAUACCCGAUGUUCUGGGAGAUCGAAGAUGGAGAAGAUAGCAGAAAGGUUGAUGAAACGAUGAUGAUAGAUGUAGAAGACGCACUUGUAAAACAAAUGAUAACUAAAAGCAAUUCCAAAGUUAAGUGACAUAGUUUUUAACAAACCAAACAAAAAAGGCAUACAAAAAUUUGUAAUUCUAUAAAACAAAAAAAAAAUCGAGAAGUAUUGAUAUAUACACAAACAUGUAUUUAUUUUACGCGUAGUUUUUAUUCCAAAACCUAAAAGCAAAGAGGGCAAUGAAAAACCAAAAGAGUAAACUUGAAAACAAUUUAAUUAAAUUGUCAAUUACGAUUAUUUCUUAAUUUAAGAAUUGAUGAACGAGGCAGACGCGAUAGAGGUUAUUUUUUAAAGCAUAUAUAUACACAUAAAUAUAUUACAAAUAAAUAAAUAUAUUUAAAAGAGGCAGUUUUAUAUCGAAAUUAAUAAUAGUAAAUGCAAAGUAACAACAAAAUAUUGAAAACCAUUCGAACUUAAUUAUACAACGAGCAAGAAACCAUUAAUUAUAAACGCCCCGCCCCCACACCCCCUCACACAUACAAAUACGCCCACAUUUUAUAGCAACAACAGAUUAUUACAUCGUAUCUACAUACGUGCGCGCCAUGUAGAUAACCACGUAAAGUAACGCCGCAUGUCGCAGUUCUAGCAGCAAUUCUAGAAUCUAGAAUAUCGGGGCAGAAUUAGAAUUUAGACCAGAGAGUGCUAUGUGCAUUGUUUAUAGGGCCAUAGUUCGAAAUCGUGUUUAUGCAUGGCUUUAUUGAUGAUUAUUGAUAGCGUUUUAAAUAGCAUUAAAUGCCUAUAUACACAUAAGCAAACCAAACAAAAACCGAAAAAGAAAACCAAUGAAAAACUAAAAAAAAACGUAUAUAAGAAAUUCCAUUGAACAGUAGUGGUAACAAUUAUGUGAUUUGCAAUUUUACAUUCAAAAUAUAUAUGAAAUAAUUACGAAUAUAAAUAGAUUAUAUAUUGAGGCGAGCGUUUAAUUGAUUUAUUUAUGAGUAAGAUUUAUUUAUACACAUUAUACACCACAAAAAAUAAAAGCGAAACGAAAACGAGAAACAAACAAAAUGACAAAGAGCUAAAAGUAAGAAGAACUCGAAUGGAUUGAAGUGGGGCUAAAAUAUGAAGCUACAAAUAUUUUUACACAGCAACCUUGUUUUAUACACGCGGCAAGUUGAGUCCCAAAAUCGAAAUACCCCGAUCACACUGCAAAAAUUAAUUAGAGCCCCCAAAAACACUUACAAAACAGAUGUGCAGCUGUGCUCCCGAUUUCUCUUUACUUAACUUCACUUAAUUCUGUUUGAUUUCAAAAAUAUACACAUCCGAGGUUUAUCUUUAAUAUUUAUGAUCAGUAUUUACCGGUAUGUUCAUAUCACACAAUUGGAAAAGGGUGUUAUUUAAUCGUACCAUGAAUAUAUUUAUCCAUUAAUUUAUAUAUAAUUGUUGAAAAGGAAGUCGGGAAUUUCAGCUGAUCGGCGCCCACACCCUCUUGAUAGGAAGAAAUAAUUUCAAGAUUAAAGACACCAAUUACAUUUUGAUUAUUAUACAAUAAACCGAAGGGCAGAAAUCGAACGGUGAGAUAUUUUAUAAAAUGAACGAUGAAUAACGUAAAGAUAUUAAUUUAUAUAUUCAUAUAUUAGAGAUGCAAAAAGACUUGAACAGUUAUAUACAUUUAAAAUUGCAAUAUAUUGUAUACUUCAUUAAAAAAUAUAUACAUACAUACCGGCAUAUAUGCAACCACGUAUAUAAGUAAACAUAUUUAACUUAUUUAUAUAAAUGCUUACAGCGAACCAUAAACAUAUACAUCAUAAACCGAAUCUCAACUUUUCCAAUGCAAGACGAAUAGGAAUCCCUCAAGUAACUCAAGAUCAAUUCAAGUAUAUACUCAAUGACCACCCGGCCGGCGCGAUCGCCUGGCCGCACAGGAAUAUAUAUAGCUAAAGAUAUAUAUAGUAAAACGUAUGAAUGCAAUACGAUGCCACGCCCACUCCCGAUUGGCGGGCAGCGAUUUUAAGGCGCCGCCCCGUCGGAGUUUUCACAGAUCAGAUUUUUCCUUUUGAUACUUAGCAUUCGUUCUUGUUCUACUUUUAGUUAGAGAAUGUUCAACUAGUUUCAGCUUCCGUAGGAGUUAAAUAAUCGACUUUAAACACAAGCCACACCUAGAUGAACGAACACCCAGCUACUAGUAUGACCCCUUGACCCUUGACCCUUGACCCCGUAACCCCAUACACUCUAUUAGACACUAGCCGACAUCUACAGACAUAACCAUGCGAUUUUACGGCAAAUAUGUAGAGCAUAUAACCUAUUAUAUCCCAAAAGAAAGCUAAUCCAUUCUUAAAUUAAAAUACACACGAGUAGCCGGCGGAGAAAGCGAACCGAUUCGAUUCGAAAUUCGAAUCAUAACGAAGGCAGAAGAAUCACACCAGAAGAAUCCGUUAUGGAAAUGACAACAAACAUAGAAUUAAACUUCCCCCCAAAGAAACAAACAAAAGAACACGAAGCAUCCAAUACAAGAUCCGAAAACGAUGAGUCGAUGGAAUAUAAAUUAGAAUCAUAGUUAUAAACGCUACACCCACACACACUAGUGCAGCCAUGUAACUAUUUUUAGAGCCUCGGAAAUAAACAUACAUAAAAUACAUAAAAAUAUUAAAUAAACGACAGAGAAA